CGCAAUUCCCUCGACGGACGGUUCAGAUACUAUGGCGCUUGCAGCGCCACAGAGCACAACUUUGGGACGCUAUGUCGAAGAGGUUGGCCGCGGAGUAUGCAGAUGCGAUGGAGGAGGAGCUGGCCGUGGAGGAUCUGGUUGGACGUGGCUCUGUGGCGCCUGCUGAUGCGGCCGCCACGGAGACACGAACGGAUGGAGGAGAGGACAGGAGAGGUGCAGCAAGGCCAGAUGGUGGACAACAAAACUGUCCUACGAGAGACGUCGUAAGCGUUUGCGAGCGCUCGCACCCAAGGGUGCAAGCAAUAGCAAAGAAGGUGCUCAGCAUGUGGGGUCCACAGCGAGUCCUUGUGAACGCAAUUGGGCGACUCAUGAUUUCAUCCACACGGAGGCGCAACAACCUCUCCGCCACGAUUGUGGAGAAGCUUGUGUUCAUUCAUUGGAACAUGCAGCUUAUCAGCGCUAGCAAGAGGCCCGAGAGUCGCUACAUCGAUGUGUGGGCCGACAUGGUUGAGGAUCCCCCCGAGGAGGUGGAUGAUGGAGAUGUCUUGCCAGUCAAUGCGGAUGAGGAGUGGGAGGCAGCCGCUCGAGCAAACCGUCAUAAGGACGGUUGUGAUCACGUCACAUCUGCAUCUCGCCAUGCGGGCGGUCAUUAUGAGCCUGGCCCUUGGGUGGAUGCCGCGUGGAUGCUUUGUGAGAUGGCGGAGCACAUGCAGCAAGAGAGGGACAAAGGGAAGACCCUUGACGAGGACCAGCACGAUGUCUUCGAUGAUUGGGAGGGGCUAGACCCUCACGAGGACUUCGAUGCAUACGUGGGCGACAGUUUCCGCACAGUGAGGUACCUGCGGGAGAGGGUGGGAGGUCAGACCGAUGUUGACGGGUUGUUGGCCAGAGAGGAUGCGGAGCGGGACAGGGAUUGCUCCUAUGACGAUGUUCAUGGAUCGACUCCACUGCGAGAGGCGAGGGCAACAGGGUCCACACAAGCCUCCUCUUCUCGAACCCAUGAUGGUGCCGAGUCAUCUCAUCAAGGGGCCAAGGUGAUUGGCAACACCACAAUCGUAGAGGCGCAUGCCUGUGCAGGGACAGCGCCCGGCCGUGCCGCUGACCAUAGCGUGGAGCUGAGGGUCAGGGAUGCCGUUACACCAACGGUGGAACAGAGGGCCGAGCAAAGACUGGGAGAAAGGGUGGAGGCAUUGGUGGAGCAGAGGAUAGAGCAAAGGGCACACAUGUCUAGAGAUUGUAGAGUGGAGCAGAGGGCUGAGCAGAGGCUCGACGUCAGGGUGGACGUCAGUGUGGAUCAGCGAUUGGACCACGAGAGGGUGGCUGAAGGGGUGGGCAAAGGCCGCGAACAGCGUCAGCAGUCAUGGGCACUGAGUGCAUUGCGCGAACAGCGUCAGCAGUCAUGGGCACUGAGUGCAUUGGCAGAUGUGGAUAUGGAGACUCCCGAUGUUGCCAAGCGGUUGCCUGCUGGACGUGGCAUUGUCAACAGUGUGUGCACAAGGUCUCGGGCAGAUGAUGGAGAGAGACGAAAAGUCUCUUCUCGAGUGGUCGAGGACGAUCCUGAUGAGAAUGAUGAUGGCAACACCUCCGAUGAGAUGUCCGGUAGUGACUAUGCUGAGGAGGCUCGUCUGAGGGGUGGAGAUUUUGGUGGAGAUGGCGAUGGCUCUCACGACACUAAGGAUGACGCAGAGUAGCGAUAUGUGCUUCAUUUUGUGUGUCGAUCUGCAUGUGCCUGUCUUCGUUCGGGGUGUAGUUUGCUUGAUUCGUGUGUGUGUCUGCGUCAGUGGGACUGCGAGGGAGGUAGAGAGAGAUAGAAAGAUGCAUGUGUUAUCUUCAGUCGUAGUGGCGUGUGGUUCAUUUAUGUGUCGUCUUUAGUCCGUGCUGCGUGGAAGACAGAGAUUGUGAGACAGAUUGAGAUACAGAGACAUGCAGUUCGUUAUUGUGCUGAGCACU